UUUAGGGCCAAGGAGGGUGAGUGAUUUGGUAGGCAAAGGGGCCAGUGGGGCUUCUUUUGUUUAAUUCUUUCCAAAUUAAUGUGAAGAUAAUAUUUGAUAGAAUCUUAUUGGGAAGACAAAGUGUGUGAAUCACACUCAGCAGAGUGGGAGAAAAGGUGAUGAAAUUUAAGACAGGAUUUUGGAAGGAUGAAUGAUAGCUCAGCUAGAGAAAUGAAUGAUAGUUUAGCUGCUAUUACUGAAAGACAACCUCAACGGCCUUGUGGUUGUGUGGGUAUUUUCUUUCAGCUCUUCGAUCGAAAUCGUAGAUUUACGAAGAAGCUGUUUCCAAAGAAACUGCUUUCCCCAGCUUGCUUGAAAGAAGCUUCUAAAAAGGUUGGAGGGGAUGAGAAGCAGCCAAAGCUUCGUUUGAUUGCUGAUGAGAACAGUGGGGGUUUUCCAAAUGCAAAGAAUAAUGGAAUGACCGAUACACGUUGUGAAAGCAAGCGCGAAAUGAAA